GGUAGAUGUCAUUCCUCCAUUGCAUUCUAAGCUCCCAUCCACCUUCAGACCCCCGCCAAAAUACAUGUUUGCUUCAGUUCACAGACCAUUUUUAAGGUCCUUAUUCAACAAAUUCCGUUAAGUAUGAAUAGAGAUAAUGACACAAUACUCAUUAAAAUCGAACCAAAACAAGAGGAAGAAAUCAAUUCCUUUCUUCAGGGACACACUUCAGUAAGCAACGAGGUUUGGGUGGCAAUAAAAGAUGAAGUUACCAUUAGUACACCAUGUUCUAAACCACUUCAUAAUGAAGUACAGCAACACUUUCAACUUCAGCUUUUAACUCAAGUCAUGGCUGAUGAAACACCGAAGAUGGAUUGCGAAAAUGCACCUCCGAAAACUGCGAAACAACUUGAAAAGGAAGCGAAAAAGCAGGCCAAAUUAGAUAAGUUGAAGCAAAAAUUAGAGAAGCAAAGUAACACAGUGAAAAAGGAGCCUGUCGAAAAAGAGAAGAAGAAGGAUGUUAAAGAGUCUGCGGUUUAUGACAUUGCAACUCAACCGGGAGAAAAGAAGGACGUGACACUUCCGUUACCCGACGCAUACAGCCCCAAAUACGUGGAGGCAGCUUGGUACAACUGGUGGGAAAAAGAGGGAUUUUUCAAACCGGAAUUUGGGCGCACGUCCGUGCUUGAGAAAAACGAAAAGGGGACUUACGUCAUAAUAAUACCACCUCCGAAUGUCACCGGCAGUCUGCACUUGGGCCACGCACUGACAAAUGCAAUUCAGGAUUCGUUGAUACGUUGGAACCGAAUGAGAGGUAAAACCACCUUGUGGAAUCCUGGUUGCGAUCAUGCCGGUAUUGCAACUCAGGUUGUGGUCGAGAAAAGAAUCUGGAGGGAGGAACGGAAGACUCGUCACGAUGUGGGACGCGAGCAGUUCGUCAAGAAGGUGUGGGAGUGGAAGAAUGAAAAGGGCGAUCGGAUUUAUCAUCAGCUCCGCAAGCUGGGAUCAUCGUUUGAUUGGGAUCGAGCAGCUUUCACUAUGGAUCCGAAGUUAUCUCGGGCGGUUACUGAGGCGUUCGUCCGUCUGCAUAAUGAGGGCAUUAUUUAUCGUUCGAAUCGAUUGGUUAACUGGUCGUGCACCUUGAAGUCGGCCAUUUCCGAUAUCGAAGUCGACAAAGUCGAAUUAACCGGCCGCACCUUUCUGACCAUCCCCGGUUACGGUGACAAAGUCGAAUUUGGUGUUCUCGUGUCGUUCGCGUACAAGGUGGUGGAUUCGGACGAGAGGAUUAUUGUGGCGACGACACGCGUCGAGACCAUGCUGGGAGAUACGGCCGUUGCAGUGCAUCCGGAUGAUGCGCGAUACAAACAUCUGCACGGAAAGUUUGUGACGCAUCCAUUUUGUAAUCGUAAACUUCCAAUAGUUGCCGACGAAUUUGUGGAUCAGGCAUUUGGUACUGGUGCCGUAAAAAUUACGCCAGCUCAUGAUCCGAAUGACUACGAAGUCGGAUUAAGGCAUAACUUGCCUUUUAUUACAAUUCUUGAUGAUUCCGGGUAUAUUCAAGGAGAUUGUGGACGAUUUACGGGAAUGAAACGUUUCGAUGCUAGACGAGAAGUAUUAUUAGAUUUAAAAGAACGAGGACUGUACAUCGAAACCAAAAAUAACCCAAUGGUGGUGCCCAUCUGCAGUAGAAGUAAAGACGUGGUAGAACCAAUGCUCAAACCUCAAUGGUACGUGAACUGCUCGGACAUGGCGAAAAAUGCGGCGGACGCGGUCCGGUCGGGCGAAUUAAAGUUGAUACCUGAAAUGCACAAUAAGACCUGGUUUCAUUGGCUCGACGGAAUUAGGGAUUGGUGCAUCUCGCGGCAGCUUUGGUGGGGACACCGCAUACCCGCGUAUUUCGUUUCGAUCGACGAUUCGUCUAUUAAACCGGGCGAGAAGUCGGAUAACGAAUAUUGGGUAUCGGGACGUACAGAGCGGGAAGCGCUGGAGAAGGCGAUUGCCAAAUUUAAGGUGCCUGCGUCGAAAAUACGUCUGGAACAGGACGAGGAUGUUUUAGAUACGUGGUUCUCGUCUGGACUAUUUCCGUUUUCCAUAUUUGGAUGGCCUGAUCAAACUGACGAUCUGAAGGCUUUCUAUCCGGGUAGUUUGCUUGAAACUGGCCAUGAUAUUUUAUUCUUUUGGGUGGCGAGAAUGGUAUUUUUUGGACAGAAGUUAUUGGGGAAGUUACCAUUUAGAGAAGUAUACCUUCAUCCUAUUGUACGAGACGCCCACGGAAGAAAAAUGAGUAAAUCGCUUGGCAACGUCAUAGAUCCAAUGGAUGUAAUCCACGGUAUAUCCCUUGAAGAGUUACACAAACAAUUACUCGACAGCAACCUGGAUCGCAAGGAGAUUGACAAGGCGAAACUGGGACAGAAGCAAGACUAUCCCGAAGGAAUACCCGAAUGCGGAACUGACGCGUUACGCUUUGCCUUAUGCGCCAUGUGUCAAGGUCGCGAUAUCAAUUUGGACAUUUUAAGAGUGCAGGGCUACCGAUUUUUCUGCAAUAAGAUAUGGAACGCCACGAAGUUUGCGCUAAAUUAUCCUAAUGGCGAUUUUGUCAUUCCCAAUGGUAGUAAAUACGUAGGCGGCGAAAGUCUCAUAGACAAAUGGAUGUUGAGCAGGAUCGCAUUAACUGUCGCCGAUUCGAAUAGGGGCUUCGAAAGUUACGAAUUCACCAUAACCACAACAGCAAUUUACAACUUGUGGCUUUACGAUCUCUGCGACGUAUACUUGGAACAUCUGAAAUCCGUGUUCGCGUCCACCGAUAAACAGGCGAUAAGAGCUGCUCAGGCUACCUUGUUCAGAGCGUUGAAUAUUGGCCUACGCUUGCUUUCCCCGUUCAUGCCAUUCAUUACCGAAGAACUGUAUCAACGUUUACCGAGACAGCAAGAUGACCUCAUCAAAAUCCCUAGCAUUUGCGUGGCGUCGUAUCCGGAGGUGAAAGAUUGCGAUUGGAGGGAUGAAAAUUUGGAAAACCAGGUGGAGUUCGUUCAAAAAAUUGCGAAGGCGAUUCGGUCGACCAGAAGCGAUUUUAAUCUGCCCAACAAAACCAAAACGGAAGCAUACAUACAAUGCAGCGAUAAGAUUUACACGGAUAUGGUCCAAAGCUUCGUACCAGUUUUACAGACGCUAGCAUACUGUUCCAAGGUGGACGUAAAUACGACCAUUCCCACAGGAUGUACAAUAAUUACGGUGUCGGACAAAUGCGAAGUACACUUACUACUUAAAGGUUUAAUUGAUCCCAGUAAGGAAAUAACCAAGUUGCAAAAGAAACUGGGCUUCUUGGAGAGCACUGGAACGAAGCUAACUCAGUCUGUGAGCAUUCCCGAUUACGCGACCAAAGUGCCGUUAGAAGUUCAACAAGGGAAUAGCGAGAAGUUGUCGCAAGUUGCUGUAGAAUUAGAGCGUGUACGCAACGCAAUCAAUUCACUUCAAUUAAUGAUACAGGAAUAAUGCUGGCGUUCGUUUAGGUUCAUUUUAUUAUACAUAGCUUUAAUAUUUAUUGUAUUACAUUUUUGUUACUUUCAAUAGAUAUUAUCGUACUUGCUUA